AGUCCGGGCUCGAUGGAUUCGGAUUCCGGCCGAUCGUCAAUGGAGAGAAAGACGUCCACGUCGUCGUCUAGAUCUACACAACCAACAAUUCCAAUCUCACCUCGCCUGUCUCCCAAAGUUCAACUCGUCCCCUAUGCCCGCACCGCCAGCUUCGACAUAUCGCUGUCAGAGACGGAGCGAGAACUCUUAGACAAGGCCUCGACCAACUUUGAUGCGCUCGACCUGUCGUCCAAGGACUUUGACUUCGAAGAUAUUUUCACAUAUGACAAGCCUCAAAAGAAACUCACCAAAGGAGUGGUCGAGGUCUCAAGGCCGACUCGAGACUACCGAGACUGGUCCUCGUUCUCCUUCUCACACUAUUCGGCGGCCAUGAGUGCAAGGCAAAAGGUCAACAAGGCCAAGUCAGGGAUAGGGGAGCUGUACCUGAAGAAUAAAUCAGAUGCACGAAAGUCUUAA